CUGGUAAGAAAAUAGAAGAAGGUCCUAAAUUCGUUAAAUCUGGUGAUGCUGCUAUCGUCAAGAUGGUCCCAACCAAGCCAAUGUGUGUUGAAGCUUUCACUGACUACCCACCAUUAGGUAGAUUCGCUGUCAGAGAUAUGAGACAAACUGUCGCUGUCGGUGUUAUCAAGUCUGUUGAAAAGUCUGACAAGGCCGGUAAGGUUACCAAGGCUGCUCAAAAGGCUGCUAAGAAAUAA